UCGCACCGAGAGGGCACAGAGUCUCUCCCCGGCUGGCAUUUUCUCCUCCUGCCCCGCGCUUGGACUACCUUUCCUCCCCCCCUCCCCUCCCACACUCUUUACCAUGGACGGAAAGUUCACUUCUCUCCACGCCCAGGCGGCCUCCCUCUCCAUCGGUGGUGAGCGCAUCUCCGGCGACGCCGUUCGCCAGCAGAAUGUCACCGCCGUCAUGGCCAUUGCCAACAUCGUCAAGAGCUCCCUGGGUCCGCUCGGCCUCGACAAGAUGCUCGUCGAUGAUAUCGGUGACGUCACCGUCACCAACGACGGCGCCACCAUCCUCAAGCUGCUCGAUGUCCAGCACCCCGCGGCCAAGGUCCUUGUCGAGCUGGCCGAGCAGCAGGACAAGGACGUCGGUGAUGGCACCACCUCCGUGGUCAUCAUCGCUUCGGAGCUUCUGCGCCGCUCUUACGACCUGGUCCGCAACAAGAUCCACCCGACCACCAUCAUCAGCGGCCUGCGCAUUGCCAGCCGCGAGGCGUGCAAGUACAUCGCCGACAACCUGACCACCAAGGUGGACGACCUCGGCGCCGACUGCCUGAUCAACGCCGCCAAGACUUCCAUCUCCUCCAAGAUCGUCGGCUCCAUCGACUCGGACUUCUUCGCCAAGGCCGUUGUCGACGCCAUGCUGGCCGUCAAGACCAUCGAUGCCCGUGGCUCGGUCAAGUACCCGGUCGGUGCGGUCAACGUCCUGAAGCAGCACGGCAAGAGCGCUCGCGAGUCCAUCGUCCUCGAUGGGUAUGCUCUCAACUGCACCCUGGCCUCCCAGAACAUGGUCCGCUCGAUCAAGGGUGCUCGCAUUGCCUGCCUGGACAUCAACCUCCAGCGUGCGCGCAUGUCCCUCGGUGUGCAUGUCGUCAUCAACGACCCGGACAAGCUGGAGGAGAUCAAGCAGAAGGAGAUCGACAUCACCCGCCAGAAGAUCCACAAGAUCCUGGCCUCCGGUGCCAAUGUCAUCCUCACCACCAAGGGCAUCGAUGACUCGUGCAUGAAGUUCUUCAUUGAGGCCGGUGCCAUGGCCGUUCGCCGGUGCCUGCGCGAGGACCUCGAGCGCAUUGCCACCGCCACCGGGGCUUCGCUCAUUUCCACCCUCGCCGACCUCGACGGCGAGGAGACCUUCGACGCGUCGCUCCUUGGCCACGCCGACGAGGUGUCCCAGGAGCGCCUGGCCGAUGAUGAGCUGAUCCUCAUCCGCGGUACCCGUGCUCAGGGGUCCUCUUCGCUGAUCCUGCGCGGCCCCAAUGAGUUCAUGCUGGACGAGAUGGAGCGCUCCGUGCAUGAUGCCCUGUGCGUGGUCAAGCGCACCCUCGAGUCUGGCCGUGUGGUGCCCGGCGGUGGCUGCGUCGAGUCGGCCCUGUCCAUCUACCUGGAGAACUAUGCCACCACCCUCGGCUCGCGCGAGCAGCUGGCCAUCGCCGAGUUCGCCCAGGCCCUGCUCAUCAUCCCCAAGGUCCUGUCGGUCAAUGCUGCCCGCGACUCGGUGGAUCUGGUGGCCCGCCUGCGUGCCUUCCACCAUGCGGCCCAGACCGACCCGGCCCAUGCGCACCUCCGCCACAGCGGCCUGAACCUGGUUGACGGUGAGAUCCGCGACAACCUGGCCGCCGGUGUUCUGGAGCCCGCCAUGUCCAAGAUCCGCAGUCUGCGCGCCGCCACCGAGGCCGCCAUUGCCAUCCUGCGCAUUGACGACCUGAUCAAGCUGGAGCCGGAGAACCCCGAGGGCGGUGCUGGCGGCCACGCCGGUCAUGGCCACUAAAUGUGUGCGCGUGUAUGUGUGUGUGUGUGUGUGUGUGUGUACAUGCACACUCACACCCACACCCACACUCUCUCUUUCUCACUCACUCACGCGCAGAGCCCCCACACGGGCGGUCUGUGUAUGUGUGUAUGUGUGUGUGUGUCUGUGCGCAUCGCUGCGCGCGCGCGCGCGCGCCGCGUCCUGUCCUUGCCCCCUCUUCUCCACCUGGUCGCUUUCCUUCUGUCUCCCUCUCUUUCUUCGAUUGUUUCGCUUGGCCGUUGUUUGUGCGGGCUGCGCCCGGCGUGCGGCCCCCCCUCCCCACCUCCCCUGGCCUCCUCUUCCUCCCCUCUCCCCCCUUUAGACCGCCCCCUCUUGUACAAGUUCGUUCUUGGGAGCAGUUGAUGUUCCGGGCAACCCCCUUCUCCGCACAGCAGCGCCUAUGUUCAUGUCCCCUCCCUUCCUCCACUAUACUUCUAAAAUAUCUUAC